ACAAACUAUUAGCUAUCGACAGAUUUUUGAAAUUACCAAUUUUUCACGGUCUGCCAAUCGUAAGGGACAUACUCAAAGUUAAAAGUAACAGGAGAAUGCACUUAUUAAAUUUUAUAAUGCACAUUCAAAUGAUAAGAUUAUAGCAGUUUGUAAAAGAAGACAGCUUCUUUGAAGAACGAGCUACUAGUAGGGAGGCGAUCGAGAGCUUUCAUUUGAUAUGCAAGUUGCAAUGUGGUGGAGUCCCUAUUCCCUAUGUAGAGAGCAGCACAAUGCACUCGAAAGUCGAAAGUAGAAAGUCAGACUAAGGAUUGUCGGGCUGAGCAAGAGCUGACACUUCUGACGUACGUCACGUCGGGUUCCCUAAAGGGAGAUCAGCCCUCGCUAUUUGCUCGUUUAUACCUUCUGCUCGUGAGGGGACAAACGCGCAACAAUCGUCGCCAGUGUUCAUUCAACGAGACGACUCGAACGUCACUGCCAAAAAGGAAACUAACGCAGCAAAGUGUUUUUCCGUUGUACGCGGCUGUGUCAAGGGUGGCAGGCCCAUGCUUCAGUCGGAUGGGCUGUAACUACUCGCUGCGCUGAUGCAAGCUCCGAGGCUCGCGAAACCUAGGCCCAAAGUGCUAUGCAUUAAUUUUUCUAUUAAUUAAUAUUUAAGGAAAAAAGUCGAGUCUCGCGCACUAUCAUGGCCUCAUCGGCGGCGGAGCAGCAGCUUUCCCAACCACAGCAGCAAUCGCAAAAGCCCCAACAGCAGCAAAAGCAGACCACCCUCGAGUUUUAUCAAGCUAUGUCGGAUUUCAAAAAUAUGUUUCCGCAAAUGGACGACGAUGUGAUCGAGGCGGUCCUUCGUGCAAAUCAGGGAGCCGUUGACACGACCAUCGAUCAAUUGCUCUCCAUGAGCACGGACAACGAAAACGAGCAGGUACGCAGCGAGAUCGAGCAGACCGAGCAGGGAGUGUGGCUGAGGCCCGAGUUGAACGGCAGCUUGCAGAGGUGGCGACCACCGAUGCUCGGUCCGCUCCCCGAGGCUUUCUUACGUUUGAAUCAGACGAACGAAGAGCUCGAUUGUUUGUACCUCGAGGACGAGCGCAUCGCUGUUUUUUUGCAAAACGAAGAAUUUAUGGCCGAGUUGCGUUGGAAUCAAGAUUUCAUGUCAACCCUUGAAAACGAUUCUAAACUGCAAUCUAAGAGCGACUCCGUUACGGAAGAUGACCUGUUCCGAGAACGCCUUCGUAACAUGGGCAAAGCGUCAAGACGCAAAUUUGCUCAACUUACAAGGGUUUUCACCCGUAGUAAAAAAAGAGCUGGACGGCAACUUCUACCAGCAACAGCUUCUUGCGAUGAUUUAUUGGGACAGCACGAUGCAGCUAAAUCAGGAUAAUAAACAAAGAUAAAAAUUUAUUUUCAAUCUGUGGUUUCACCACUGGCAUAGUCAUUUUAGUUUUUAAAAUUAUUAAAUAGUUUAUCGACGUCAAGUCAUUGACUCUAUUAAUUUUACGACGUAAAAUUAAAAGUUUGAAUAUGCAUAUGUUGUUGCACACCAGUUUUAAUCGAAACUUCUUACUUCAUGAUAUCAAGAAAAUCAUUGAAUAUUAUGAAUGCUAUUAUAAUACUAUGUAUUUGUUUGUAUAUUUUAAAGGAAAAUGUGUAUAGAAGUUUAUUUAUGAAUUAGUAUUAAAAAAGCCAUUGCCAUUUCAAA